CUUCCGGGGAAGCCGUAUGUUGGAAAGGAAGCAAUUAUAGAUAAUUAAUAAUUGCUGUUUCCGAUAGUAUUCAAACCUGACAGUGAUUUCAAAUGGCGAAUAUAGUAGUAGCUUACAUAUUUUGGUUGUUUGGUGGUCCGUUUGGACUUCAUCAUUUUUAUUUAGGACGUGAUAGACAAGCUUUCGUAUGGUGGAUAUCGCUUGGUGGUCUAUUUUUAGGCUGGUUUCGAGACUUGUGGAGACUGCCAGAAUACAUAUAUGAGGCAAACAGGGACCCCAGGUUUGUGGCGGAGUUUGCUGACAGAAGAAGACGUCAUGAGAAACCACCUUGGAGUAUUGUGCGGUUCGCCGGACAAAUUUUCAUUGGUAUGCUGUUGGGAUACCUAUUCCGGCUGGCGAUUGCUGAAAAAGUACUUCAGGAGUUUGACCCGAUCUUCAAGAUCAUCCUUUCAGUAGUUCUUCCCGUGUUAGGCACAUCUGUUGGUGUAAAACUGGUGGCUAACAUAGGUCACAGGAAGUGCAACAUGAAGUGGUGCGUUUUAGGAGCCAUGAUCUCAAUCCCCUGGCUGCUUAAUGACCAACCAUCUGUGUCAGCAACUGCUUUGUUUUCUUCCUUUCUUGCCUCAUAUAAGACCGAAUGGGAUCCCGACAGGAAACGACCAAAAGGAGCAUGCACAUGUAUAAAACGAGCAACAGUAUUAACAUUUUGUUGCUGUAUAUAUGUUCUUCUCUGGACAAGCGCAAUUGUGUUCAAUGUUCAUGUUACCACGUCCGAUGGUACCGAAGUUCCAAUAGAGGAAGCCUUGAAGAAUUUCUUCAAUUCUCCAGCAUGGAAAGACUUUAAGAAGUCUUUCUGGGAAGUGUACAAUGUCUGCAAUACCAAGGGUUGGGACUUCUGCUAUAGACAGGUUAUACAACACUUGGAUCCUUCAGGAGAACUUCAUGCAUAUUCUAUUCUUGAGUUUGAGGGAGAAAGUCCAACUCCGGAGCAAAUCAAGUCUCGAUGCAGAAAACUUGGGAGCAAAUGGCAUCCAGAUAAACACAAGACCAAGGAGGAGAAAAAAGUUGCUCAAGAAAAAUUCAUAGAAAUCCAACAAGCCUGUGAUAUAUUAAACACUAUGCGGAAAAGACGGACAGAAAAAAAUAUGGAGACCCCUUCUUCCACUGAACAAUCAUCUGACAAGCACUCAGAGUUAUGAUACUAGAUCUGCACUGUUUUUACACAUAACUUUAGAGUUUUUCAAUGUAGCUGGAAGGGUAAAUUUUUGAAAUUUUUGUGAAACCUUUAGCAAACAAAUUUAAUGCCUAGUAAAAUAUAAUAUUUUUUUUUAUAUUUUUUUUAGCUCACCUGAGCACAAAGUGCUCAAGGUGUGCUUUUGUGAUCGGUCUAUGUCCGGCGUCUGUCGUCCGGCGUCAACAAUUGGUUAUAAUCACCUUCUCCUAAACCGCUUAAACAAUUUUGAUGAAACUUCAUAGGAAUGAUCCUUGGUUGGUGCUUUUUCAAAAUUGUUCAAAGAAAUUAAUUCCAUGCAGAACUCUGGUUGCCAUGGCAACCUAAAGGAAAAUGUCAACAAUAGGUUAUAAUCAUCUUCUUCUCCUAGACCGCCUCGACAAUUUUGAUGAAACUUCAUAGGAAUGAUCCUUGGUUGGUGCUUUUCCAAAAUUGUUCAAAGAAAUUAAUUCCAUGCAGAACUCUGGUUGCCAUGGCAACCUAAAGAAAAAUGUCAACAAUUGGUUAUAAUCAUCUUCUUCUCCUAAACUGCUUGGACAAUUUUGAUGAAACUUCAUAGGAAUGAUCCUUGGUUGGUGCCUUUUCAAAAUUGUUCAAAGAAAUUAAUUCCAUGCAGAACUCUGGUUGCCAUGGCAACCUAAAGGAAAAUGUCAUAAAUUGGUUAUAAUCAUCUUCUUCUCCUAAACUGCUUGAACAACUUUGAUGAAACUUCAUAGGAAUGAUCCUUGGUUGGUGCUUUUUUAAAAUUGUUCAAAGAAAUUAAUUCCAUGCAGAACUCUGGUUGCCAUGGCAUCCUGAAGGAAAAUAUAGGCUGUCGUGUUUGCACUGUGACUUUCUCUUAUAGGGACAGAUUUUAAAAUGACCUGCCAUAUGUUUUCGACAUACCAAGACAACGUGUCGUGUGCAAGACCCAUAUCCCUACCUCUAAGGUGAAAGAUACACUAAGUGUUUAUUCACAAUGUAAUGCUGAAUAUGAGGACAUAAAGAGUGUUGGCUGUCAAGUAUGGUUGGUAUUUUUUCUAUGCCCAGAGGCAAUUUAAAAUAACUUGCAAUAUGUAUUUGACACAUAAAGGCAAGAUCAACUUUUUAUGUACUUGUUCAUAGGUCAAUGUCACAUUUGGGGGCAUUGGUCGCAUACUGUGACAGCUCUUGUUCAAUAUUCUUUGAGAAACAAGCUAUAAUUAUUGAUAACAAAGGUUAAACUCUUUUACUCAGGUGAGCGAUUUAGGGCCAUCAUGGCCCUCUUGUUUUACUUUUUUUAUUUUUGGUUCUUGGUGAAAACUGAACAAAAACUAUUGCAGUCUGCUUUGUACAUAGAACUGCUAUGUACAUAUAUACUUUUUAUGAUAAUAGUAAGAGGCAGAGGGUAUGUUUUGCAGAGAAAAACUUGAGCUUUAUGUUGUUAUUCCAACACCAGUCAAUUCCUUUUCUAUGUAUGUUCAGUUUGUUAUUAGGUAAAGCUAUAUGUGCUUGUAUUCCUUUUCUUUCUUUAACGAAUUAAAUAAAAUAUUCAUAAUUAAGUUGAGAUUGGUUAAUAUUAUUUUAUCAUUGUUUGCAAUGAUUUAAUAAUGGCUCUGCCACCUUAAAACCAUGUGAUACAUGUCCAAAACCAAAUAAUCAUGAAAAAAGGACUUGCGAUGUAUAAAAACAGUCAAUAGUAAAUGUACUUGAUCUGCCAGAUAUUUUUACCUCAAUAUUCAUUCAGUGUUACUGCUCUUCCCCAGAAAUGAUUUUGUGAUCUGAUAUCUCUAUUCAAAAUUUGUUUUGUGAAGAUUCAGAAAAAUAUGGAUUUCUACCAUCUAUUCUAUGUCCAACUGUGAAAAUACAGAAAAAUACAGCAUCGCAGCCAUAAUGUAACCAUCCAUAUCACACUUAUGAUGUUACAGCAUCGCAGCCAUAAUGUAACCAUCCAUAUCACACUUAUGAUGUUACAGCAUCGCAGCCAUAAUGUAACCAUCCAUAUCACACUUAUGAUGUUACAGCAUCGCAGCCAUAAUGUAACCAUCCAUAUCACACUUAUGAUGUUACAGCAUCGCAGCCAUAAUGUAACCAUCCAUAUCACACUUAUGAUGUUACAGCAUCGCAGCCAUAAUGUAACCAUCCAUAUCACACUUAUGAUGUUUUGUAAUCCUAGUGUCACUGAUGUUUUAACAAUAUUUCCUAUUAAAUUAUUAACUUAUUUUUUUCAGGAAUGUACUGUAUCAACCUGUAUCAUAUAUAAUAUUUUUAAUGGUGUUUAGCUUAGACCAGCUCAAAACCAAAUAAUAGGGGUUGGAAAGUCUUUGGUUUAGGAGUUAAAAAGUCUUUAAUAUGGUUAUUAAAAUAAUUCAACUAGGGGUUGAAAGUCUUUGAUAUAGGAGUUAAAAGGUCCAAACAGGUAGGGAUUGAAAAGUCUUUGAAAUAGGGGUUUAAAAGUCUAAGGGUUGAAAACUGAAAAGUGUUCUUUUUUAGAAGGGUUGAAAAGCCUCUUGGGGUUGAAAGGUCCUGCUCCCCUGCAGAACAGUGUGUAUGAAAUAAACUAUUAUCUUAGGUAAAACAUAUCAUAUGGAUUUCCAUCAAUUAAUUACAUCUUCAUUAAAAAUCAAGAAAAUGGUACAUUUUUUGCGUAAAGGUACUGGCAACCGAAAUAACAUUUUUAAGCGUAAAACUGAGUAUAGCUUUGGUCCCAAAAUGAAUAAGUUCUUAGUCGUUUGUAACCACAACGUAAUCGAUUAAAAAUGGCGUCUGAUGAGAUGAAACUAGUGUAAAGAUAUUUAAAAAUUGGAAUUUGUGUCACUGGUUGAGUAAGAAUACUUCAGGUAAUUUUUGAUAUGAUUUAUUGCAUUCAAAUUCAUUAAAAGAUGCUUAAAUCUUAUCGCUAAGAUAUCGGCACAAAAGUAUUAGCUUGGAAUUGGAUGGAUACAAUGUCAGGACACAGGUAAACAAUAAAACAAAACUUCAAAUAUAUUCCUAAAUAAAUAAAUAGGUAUUCUUUUAAGAGAUUUAGGAAAGUUGAAAUAUUUUCCCAUUAAAAUGUAUUGCCAGAACCUCCAAUUGGAUUAAGCCCAUUGCCAAUGUUACCAAUUGGAAGAUUCCAAUGGGACAAUGUUCCAAUUGGAGUUUUCCAAUUUCCUGACUUUUCCCAUAUUGAAUUGUGGGAAAUAUCCAAUUGGAAAAAUUGGUCGACGGGAUUUUUUUUUACAAAAAAUGAUAAAAAGUACUAUAAACGCACUUUUUCAAGAUAACAUUUUAACCAUUAAUGAUAAUGAUUGUUAUUUAUCACUAAUUCCUUUUUUGAAAAUGUGGGAGAAUUUUCCAACAAAAAAUGUUGGGCUGAUUUCCAAUUGGAAAAAAACAUUUUCCAAUGGGAAGGCCUUUUUCCAAUGGGAAUCCCAUUGGAAAAAAUUACUUUAAAUGCAGAAAAAACAUAUUUCUAAAUUAAAUUUCAGGAAACAAAAAAUAUCUCUUAUUAGUAUUACCUAACACAUUUUAAAAAUACAAAAAUAAAAAACAUUGGGUGAAAAACAAAGAAAAUAAGGAAAAAUUCCGGAUUUGCAAACUUAAUCCGGAUUCUGUUUAUCGUUGUAUCAAAUGUAUCUGUCUUGUCCAUUACACUGUCAUAUGUGCGUAAACACCAAACUUGACGUGAUAUAGGAUGACACAAAAGGAUCUCAUCAUAAUAUCAUCUAUAAAAUUUACUCAUCACAUUUUUAAAGAUUGCAACAAGUUAACAAUGUGGUGAUGUAAGUGUCUAGAAAAAAAAUAAUUCUCUUUACAAUUUUUUUUCUUUCUCAAUUUAACUUUAGUAUGCUUUCCUAAGGGAGGAGCAUAUAGUUUCAACUUUGUCCAACCAUCCGUCUUUUGUCCAUCCAUCCAAAUGUUACAUCCUUGUCCGGAGAGAAAGAUGGAUACUAUUAAUGGGAUUGAAAUAAAACUUGGUAUAUAGAUAGAUGGAAAUGAGAGGAAGUGUAGUGCACAAGAACCAUAACCCUAUCAUGCAUAUUUAUUCAUUUAUCUCCCUUAUGCCUUUUUUCAUAAUCAGUGCUUGUAUCAUUGAAGGCACAAAAGGAAGUUAAAUGAAACUUGAAUAUUGAUAGAUGGCAAUGAGAUGAAGUGCAGUGCACAAGCACCUUUAUCCUGCCCGCCAAUUUUUCUGUUACAUUUGUGAAUAUUUGUCACCAUUUGCUCUAUUUUUAUAUCCUCAUUCAUUUUGGAACUUGUUUUUAAGUAUUUACAAAAUCAAUAAUCUCAAUAGCUGCUGUUUUGUGAUACAAUUAUUAAACGAACUAUGCAUGUGACUGUAUAGUCAACUUGAUGUAAGAUAUUGUCGGUAAGUGCACCUGAGGUUUAAGAACAUGUAUAUAUAGUUAUUUUGCUUACAGGCAUGGAAGAAACGUAGGUUGUUACCUGGGUGCUGGCAUAAUUUUCACUUAGAUUGUUUUCGAUACAUAUUAAUAAAAUAUUUGCCAUGAAUUGACCACUGUACUCAGAUGUAAAAUGUUUUUGAACUAUAUUUGAAGGUCAAUGUACAAAUAUUUUAAUUUUGUAUGUCUGUGCCCCAAUUUCUCAAACAAUCUUCAGUUUUAAAGGAAAUGAUAUUUAAGAUCAUCUUAAGUUAUAAUCAAGUUUAAGUACAGUAUGUUAUUUGUCUAUACGAAAUAAGAUACUUAUAAGUAUAGUGAUUCCCUUAAGAUGUUUCGAGAAAUUGAGGCCAUGUUAUCACAUAUUUUUAGGGAAUCAAACUUGAGUUGGGCAAAAAGGAAAUAUGUGAAAUUUGUAAGUUGGUAGUGUUCAAUUAUUUGUUCCUCAUUACAGAGUGCAAAUUAUCUUGAAAUAUAAACAUCAGUUUCAUGAUGUCAAAUGGGAACAACUUUUCCUAUCUUGCACAAAUUUUGCUUGCAAAAGGUGAAGAGUAGCCUCCAUUGCGUCAUGUAAGUUUUAUUUUUUCCAGAAAACUGUCUGGGUCCUUAAAUAAAUUUGAAGAACUAUGUUAGUUUAUAUAUUGGGUCAAAAAUAAAUAACUACAUAUUUGUCAUCAGGCGUAAAAUUAUCUUUACCAAAAUAACUUUUUUCAUCAAUAUUUAUCAUUAUGAGUGAAUCUCUUUAAAGUACCGGUAACUUCUUGAAUAAUACAAAAGAUAUACUUUAUGAAUAUGGCUCUCAAUAUUAUGCCAUUCUUACACGAGUUUUACAAAAUAAGAUAAUUCAGUUUCAUUAAGUGCUUAUUAAAUGAAAAUUCUUAUGAUUGAAAAAUGUAUCUUUAAUUAUAUUUAACUUUUUAUUAUUUCUACCAAGAAAUCAAAAAGCAAUUGUUCGACAUUUCUGUAUGGGGAGGUUUGCAAGGGAUGUGGCAUUCGAGUAAUUGCAUAUGGAACAGUCUAGGACUGGGAACUGGGUGCCAUUUAUAAGUUAUCUUUGGAGCAAUGUAUAACCUAGGGUUGAUGUUCACCAGUACAUUAGGUACAGAAUCGCUCGUAGGUAUGAAAUCACUCCUAGGUACAAAAUCGCUGGUAGGGUGCUUAAUGAAACAGCUCCUGGUCUCAGAGGCAGACAUAUUGUUUUAGGAACACUGCUGACCAACUUGAAUCCCUUUUUGGAAAUAUUGAAAAUAAGUUUGAGUUGUGCUUUGAAACUGCAAUAGCUAUUAGUAUUGAUGUGUUUUUGUUUUGCCAUAUUAUUUCUUUAGUUACUGUAUGUAGUUGUUAGAAUUGUGUUUAUGAUUUUUAAAACCUUUAAUGUUUGUGUCUUCCAUGGUUUCUUGUUUUGAUUUAUGAAUUACAUAACUGUGAAAAUCAGUGAUUAUUAUAACUUCAUAUAAUUAUGUCAUUAUAAAACCAGCUCAUAAAAUAAACCUAUUUGCACAUGCAAAGUGCAAGUUAGAACAUAACAAAAGAUAUCAAUGCAAAGAUAAAUGUAUUGUCUUUUUUUGCCAAUUCUCUGUCAAUCAUCACACAAUCAUGUAUUCUUCAGGAAAAUAAAUCAUGUUGUUUAGGCCUGGCAGAAAACAUUAUUCCUGUAACUAUUUAGACAAGUAUAGCAGUUGUGUACAACAUAUACAUGUUUUUUAUGCCCCCGAAGGUGGGCAUAUUAAAAUCGCACCGUCCGUCCGUCCGUCCGUCCGUCCGGCUCUGUAACUUUCCCUUGUAUGGACAGAUUUUAAAAUAACUUGCCACAUGUGUUCCACAUACCAAGACGACGUGUGGCGUGCAAGACUCGUGUCCCUACCUCAAAGGUCAAGGUCACACUUAGUGUUUAUUCACAAUGGAGUGCUGCAUAUAAGGACAUAAGAGUAUAGGUUGUCGUGUCUGGGCUGUAACUUUCUCUUGUAUGGACAGAUUUUAAAAUAACUUGCCACAUGUGUACCACAUACCAAGAGGACGUGUCGCGUGCAAGACCCGUGUCCCUACCUCAAAGGUCAAGGUCACACUUAGUGUUUAUUCUCCAUAGAGUGCUGCAUAUAAGGACAUAGAGUAUAGAUUGUCGUGUCUGGGCUGUAACUUUCCCUUGUAUGGACAGAUUUUAAAAUAACUUGCCACAUGUGUACCACAUACCAAGACGACGUGUCUCGUGCAAGACCUGUGUCCCUACAUCGAAGGUCAAGGUCACACUUAGUGUUUAUUCACCAUAGAGUGCUGCAUAUAAGCAUAGAGUAUAGGUUGUCGUGUCCGGGCUGUAACUUUCCCUUGUAUGGACAGAUUUUAAAAUAAUUUGCCACAUGUGUUCCACAUACCAAGACGACGUGUCGCGUGCAAGAACCGUGUCCCUACCUCAAAGGUCAAGGUCACACUUAGUGUUUAUUCACCAUAGAGUGCUGCAUAUAAGCAUAUAGUAUAGGUUGUCGUGUCCGGGCUGUAACUUUCCCUUGUAUGGACAGAUUUUAAAAUAAUUUGCCACAUGUGUUCCACAUACCAAGACGACGUGUCGCGUGCAAGAACCGUGUCCCUACCUUAAAGGUCAAGGUCACACAUAGUGUUUAUUCGCAAUGGAAUGCUGCAUAUAAGGACAUAGAGCAUAGGUUGUCGUGUCCGGGCUGUAGCUUUCUCUUGAAUGGUCAGAUUUUAAAAUAACUUGCCACAUGUGUUCCACAUACCAAGACGACGUGUCGCGUGUAAGACCCGUGUCCCUACCUCAAAGGUCAAGGUCACACUUAGUGUUUAUUCAUAAUGGAGUGCUGCAUAUAAGGACAUAGAGUAAAGGUUGUCGUGUCCGGGCUGUAACUUUCCCUUGUAUGGACAGAUUUUAAAAUAACUUGCCAAAUGUGUUCCACAUAACAAGACGACGUGUCGCGUGCAAGACCCGUGUCCCUACCUCAAAGGUCAAGGUCACACAUAGUGUUUAUUCACAAUGGAGUGCUGCAUAUAAGGACAUAGAGUAUAGGUUGUCGUGUCCGGGCUGUAACUUUCCCUUGUAUGGACAGAUUUUAAAAUAACUUGCCACAUGUGUUCCACAUACCAAGACGACGUGUCGCGUGCAAGACCCCUGUCCCUACCUCAAAGGUCAAGGUCACACUUAGUGUUUAUUCACAAUGGAGUGCUGCAUACAAGGACAUAGGGUAUAGGUUGUCGUGUCUGGGCUGUAACUUUCCCUUGUAAGGACAGAUUUUAAAAUAACUUGCUACAUGUGUUCCACAUAUGAAGACGACGUGUCCUGUGCAAGACCCAUGUCCCUACCCCUAAGGUGAAAGAUAUACUAAGUGUUUAUUCACAAGGGAAUUCUGAAUAUAAGGACAUAACAGUGUAGGUUGUCAAGUAUGGGUGGUAUUUUUUUAUGUUCAGAGGAAAUUUAACAUAACUUGCCAUAUGUAUUAGACACAUAAAGGCAAGAUCAACUUUUCAUGUACUGACCUUGUUCGUAGGUCAAUGUCACAUUCGGGGGCAUUCGUCACAUAUCGUGACAGCUCUUGUUUUUACAUAAUUUCUGCAAGGUUUGUUUAAAGUUUAUUUAGAUAGAAAAUUGCUGUUCUAAAAUCAAAAAGUGUUAUCAAAACAUGAAUAGUUAUUAGUUAUAACUUGAUAUGACCGUAAAAAGGCCAACUACCAAAGAUAGACUCUUCUGAGAUUUGAUUUGUAAGAGUGUAUGUGUUUUUCUAAGGAGUUCUUUUGCUUUCUUUCAUGAAGUUCUUUUAAGAAUACUAUGUGCUCAUGUAUUAGCUUUAUGUUGUUUUUCAGUAUUAUAAAUAUGAAUUGCUUACACUUGAUUCAAAGUUAUAUUUAAUAUGCCUGGUUGGAUGGAAUACAGCAUGGUAGUAUUACCACAGUUUAAAGUUUGCUAAUGGUAUGAGGAAUACUUGGUCUGAUAGAAUGCUAGUGUACGCCCUUACUCUCAACUUACAGACAUUACUAACUGUGUUUUAAAAGGGAACUAGGGACAGUCCCAUGGACCUGGCUGUAUUUUACCCAUCACUGAUACAACUGGUUUAGCCCCUCACAGUUGAUUUAUCCAGAUCUAUUUCUAUAUAUCAAUUGUCACAGCUUAUUGUCCAUGACUUUCAAGCUACAGUAGUCUAAAAACAGAUUCAGGGCCUCACAAACUUUCAUGAAACUGAACGUCACAAACAUGUUUUCAUAAGAUAUAAAAGAAAAAUGUUGAUAUUCUCAGUAAAUAUUGUCUUAAUAGCUCCAAAUUCGGAAGAAAAGAUAUAUUAGGCAGAUUAAUUAUUAAGUUCACAGUUCAAGUUUUGUUUUACAAUGGUGGAAUACCAUACAAUAUGAGAAAAAAGGUAAACGCAUUCACAUGUAGUUCUCAAAUCAACUUAGUAGUUGUUCAUUUGUCUCUUUGACCAAAUAUGUCAUUUUGAAAGUCCAACUUGCAUUUACUUUGGGUGAUAUUGUGAUCACUCAUACCUCAUUUUGUGGAGAAAAGGGGAUAACCAGUAGUUAAUGCUGCAUUGUUCCGUACGGUCAACUAUCUGGGGGUAAAGAAAAACUGUGACUUCUCUGAGAUAUCCCAACAUUCUAUGCAUUUAUAUACCUGCUCAGAUAAAAUAGCUAUAAGCAAUAUUUGCUCUUUAAUUUUUGGUUUUAAAUGUUUAUGUUUUGGUCAUAAGUUAUAUGUACACUACUUUAUAUGUUUUACAUUUUGAGUGAAUUGCCAUGAUAUAUCGCCGAGUUUAUCUCAUUGAAACUAUUUUUACUAGAUUCACUUAUUUUACAUUAAUGACUGCUGUUUAUAUAAGAAAUGUUUGUUGUUGAUGUUUAUGAAUGUAUGUUAUUUAUAUUGAUAAGGUAAUCGGUGUUUCUAUAAAAUCGUAAACAAAAG